AUGGAACGCCCCAUUUUUCAGCCGGUCGGCACGCCGGUGGAGGAGUUGGACACCCCCGCACUGGUAGUUGACCUGGACUUGAUGGAGCGAAACAUACAGGCCUACCACGGCUAUGUCGACGGGACGCCGGUAACGAUUCGCCCGGUGGUGACCAGCCACCUCUGCCCGCAGGUGGCGCGCCGCCAGUUGGCCGCUGUCGCCGCCAGGGGCAUCGCCGCCACGACCCUGGGAGAGGCCGAGGUCUUUGCCGCCUCUGGAUUCGCCGACAUCCUCGUCGCCAACCAGAUCGUUACGGCGUCCAAGAUUCGCCGCCUGUGCGCCCUGGCUUCCCAGGCAAGAGUCAGCGUCGCCGUGGACAGCGCCGCCAAUGUGGCCCAACUGUCCGCCGCCGCAAAUUCUGCGGGUGUCGAGCUUGGGGUGCUGGUCGAAAUCGAAGCCGGCACGGGCCGCUGUGGUAUUGCCCCCGACGCCGAGGCAGUCGCCCUCUCUCACGCACCGUGA